ACAAUUACCAAAAAGAUGCUGUUUUAGUCAGUGACUGCUGCCAGUUCCAAGGGAUAGAGACAUGGAUGAAAAAAAACUCUUACAAUAAUAUACAAAAACAAUAAUUAAAUUAAAUAAAUAAAGUUAAAAAAACAAUGGUUGAAGGACAGGAAGAGAGAGAAAGUGAAAGAAGUUGUCUGGGUAAUGUAGGGGUACUUUGGGGGCAUUUCUGGGUCUCUCUUCUAUCUCCUUGUCGGCCUCCUUCCUCCGUCUUCUUAUUCCGCCGGAAUUUCUCGCCGGAAUACUUUCUACUUCACUUUUUUUCUUCUUCUUCUUCUUCUUCUUCUUCUUUUUCUUGGACUUUGACCUGAUCUAACUAAGUUCCAUCGCCUCAUCAAAUCAAAAUAUUUUAGUUAACUUUGAAGUAUUAAGAAUAGAAAAAACACUUUUCUAUAUGACAAACUGGUAAAGGAGCUGCUUCUGGAUCAAACUUCUACUUGUACAUAGCUUGGGCGGAGCAAGAAAUGAAGACGCCGCCGCCCAACGGUGUCGGAGUAGCAACCGCCGCAGCUUCUGCCUCUACGCCAAAUCCCACAGAAGGUGUGGAGAAGAAGAGCAUAAACCAAGAGCUAUGGCAAGCAUGUGCAGGUCCACUUGUAAGCUUGCCGGCAGCCGGUACUCAUGUUGUCUAUUUCCCUCAAGGCCAUAGUGAACAGGUUGCAGCAUCAAUGAAGAAGGAUGUAGAUGCUCAAAUCCCAAAUUAUCCUAAUCUUCCUUCAAAGCUGUUCUGUCUCCUCCACAAUGUGACAUUACAUGCGGACCCAGAAACUGACGAAGUUUAUGCUCAGAUGACCCUCCAACCUGUUCCUUCUUUUGACAAAGAUGCAUUGUUGAGAUCAGAUCUUACACUCAAGUCUAAUAAGCCACAAACAGACUUUUUCUGUAAAACAUUAACAGCAAGUGACACAAGUACUCAUGGAGGCUUUUCUGUGCCUCGACGUGCAGCUGAGAAGAUUUUCCCUCCUCUUGAUUUCUCCAUGCAACCGCCUGCUCAAGAACUUGUAGCCAGGGAUUUGCAUGAUAAUAUCUGGACUUUUCGUCAUAUCUAUCGUGGACAACCCAAGCGUCACUUGCUUACAACAGGGUGGAGCCUAUUUGUCAGUGGGAAGAGGCUAUUUGCUGGUGAUUCAGUUUUAUUUAUCAGAGAUGAUAAGCAACAGCUUCUGUUGGGCAUCAGGCGGGCAAAUAGACAACCUGCUAAUUUAUCAUCAUCAGUAUUAUCAAGUGAUAGUAUGCACAUUGGAAUUCUAGCUGCCGCAGCACAUGCAGCAGCAAAUAAUAGCCCCUUUACUGUGUUCUACAAUCCAAGGGCUAGUCCAUCAGAGUUUGUUAUCCCUUUGGCCAAGUAUUACAAGGCAGUGUGCAGCAACCAAAUAUCCCUUGGCAUGCGCUUCCGGAUGAUGUUUGAAACUGAAGAGUCAGGAACAAGAAGGUAUAUGGGUACAAUUACAGGCAUUAGUGAUCUUGAUCCUGUAAGGUGGAAAAACUCACAGUGGCGAAAUCUGCAGGUUGGAUGGGAUGAGUCAACUGCUGGCGAAAAACGCAAUCGAGUCUCAAUCUGGGAAAUUGAACCAGUGACAGCUCCAUUUUUCAUAUGCCCUCCUCCAUUCUUUAGAUCCAAGCGUCCCAGGCAACCUGGAAUGCCAGAUGAUGAUUCCCCUGAUUUAGAUAGCAUAUUUAAGAAGACCAUGCCUUGGCUGGGUGAUGAUAUCUACAUGAAGGAUCCCCAAUCUCUCCCUGGCCUGAGCUUAAUGCAGUGGAUGAACUUGCAGCAAAAUCCUUCCCUUGCUAAUUCAAUGCAGCCCAAUUACAUGCAAUCCUUGUCAGGAUCUGUUCUGCAGAACCUUGCUGGGGCUGAUCUUUCCCGUCAGUUAGGCUUUUCAGCUCCACAAUUACCUCAGUCAAACAACUUACAAUUCAAUGCCCAGCGUCUGCCUCAGCAAGCACAGCUGCUUGAUCAGCUUCCCAAGCUGCAGUCAUUACUGAACCCACUAGGUACCAUCAUCCAGUCGCAGCAACAGUUGGGUGAUACCUCUCAACAAUCAAGGCAGAAUUUGGCAACACAAAAUAUACCGUCAAGUCAAGUUCAAGCUCAAAUUCUGCAGCCUCAAACUCUAGUCCAAAAUACUAACAUGCUUCAGCAACAGCCAUCUCUUAAAAGCCAUCAGCUUCCUAGAAACCACCCUCAGAGCAUGCAGCAGCAGCAGCAGAGUCAACAGCAGCAUAUUAUGGGUCAGAACCAACAGCCAAAUGUAAUACAAUCUCAGUUGCCUGAUCAAGUCAGCCAACAUUUACAAAUGUCUGACAAUCAGUAUCAGCAUCAACUGUUGCAGAAGCUUCAACAGCAACAGCAGUCACUUUUAGCUUUGCAGUCAUUGCAACAACCUAGUCAAUUUAUGCAGCUUCAGGAUCCACAAAGGCAGCUGUUAGAGGCAUCUCAGACCUUCUCAAGGCCCACACUGCCCAAUCAAUUGCCAGAAAUGCCUCAAACAACACCCACCUCACUUCCUCAGUCAAAUAUUCAACAGCAAAUGACAAAGAAUAGCAGCCAGACAAGUGGUCGGUUCUCUCAAUUGCCUCAGCAGCUGAAAUUUCAACAGCAGCCUGGCAUACUAUCUGAAAUGGCUGGUGAUAUGGGACUUCCUCCAAGCUCAGCUAUUAAUCAGCACUCUACAGCCGGUAGUAGUAUAUUGUGUGCAGCUGCAGGAGCAGGCUUAUCUGGGGUUACUGAGGAGGUUCCAUCUUGUUCCACGUCACCUUCCACAAACAACUUUGCUAAUGCAGUUCAGCCAAUGAUGAGCAGUCUUGCUCACCAAAGCACUACACUAGGGGAAGACAUGGCUCAGUCUGCGGCAACACUCUUGAGUCCUGGUGCCUUAGAACCGAUUUCAUGCAAUGCUAACAUAAUUAAAGAUAUACAACAGAAAUCAGAUAUUAAGCCCUCAUUGAACAUGACCAAGCAUCAAAACCAAGGAUUCUUUACCCCACAAACAUAUUUGAAUGCUGCAACUGUGCAGACAGAUUUUUUGGAUACUUCUUCUUCUACAACUUCAGUUUGUGUUUCUCAGAAUAACAACUCUUCGUCAUGUAAUCCACAAUCAAUGUUGCUGAGAGACACAAACCAAGAUGGGGAACUCCCGGCAGAUCCCAGGAACAAUGUUCCAUAUGGAUCUAAUGUUGGUGGCCAAGUAGGGGUAUCUUUGAAUUCUGACCAUGGGUUGACAAAAGGAAUUGUAGGUUUGGGUAAGGAUUUCUCAAAUAAUCUCUCCUCAGGGGGCAUGCUUGCUAACUGUGAAAACGCAAAGGAUCCUCAAAAUGAGCUGUCCUCUUCAAUGGUUUCUCAGUCAUUUGGAGUUCCCGAUAUGGCAUUCAAUUCUAUUGAUUCCACAAUCAAUGAUAGCAGCUUCAUGAACAGAGGUCCUUGGGCCCCUCCACCACAGUUUCAGAGAAUGCGGACCUACACAAAGGUGUACAAACGUGGAGCUGUCGGAAGGUCAAUCGAUAUAACCCGUUAUUCAGGAUAUGUUGAGCUUAAGCAAGAUCUGGCUCGGAGGUUUGGCAUAGAGGGACAGUUGGAAGAUCGACAGAGAAUAGGCUGGAAACUUGUUUAUGUUGAUCAUGAGAAUGAUGUCCUUCUAGUAGGGGAUGACCCAUGGGAAGAGUUUGUGAACUGUGUCCGUUGCAUCAAGAUCUUGUCUCCUCAAGAAGUCCAGCAGAUGAGCUUGGAUGGAGAUUUUGGGAACUCUGGCCUUCCAAAUCAAGCUUGUAGCAGUUCUGAUAAUGGCAAUGCAUGAAGUAGUUGACUAAAAUGCUAACAGUUCUUCCACGUCAGGACCUUAUAUUAUUUUUUCUGAUUAUGUUUAUAUCUUUCUGUAUAAUGUGUACUCUGCCUUGUCUUGAUUUUGUAGUAGUCAUUUGUCAGUUAGCAGAAGGGGCAGGCAGACCCAGAAUUUUUUUCGGAAACCUGUCCGCCUGCCGAAGAAGCAAGUAAAUUAAUUUUCUUUUUUCAUAUGGAAGUUUAGAGCUGUAAUUCAAUUUGGCCCAGCUCUGCAUGAUAACAAAGAUCAGUAGCAGAAAAUCAGAAAUUUCAUCAUCAGACCUAUCAAUGAUGCCUGACUGGUUCGAGGCACUUUUAAGGUUUUUACCAGCUCGGUGAAAAAUCCAGUUUGGUUUAUGCCUGUAAUACUAUUUGAUUGUUUGAUGCUGGUGUUAUGAUGUUAAUUAGUCAAAACUCUCUUGUUUUUAGUAGUUGGGAAUUGUCCACUCAGAUGCAUUGUGGAAAGCUAAAGCAAGAACGUAUGGCUUUAGUUUUGGGUAUAUAAACCGUGUAUGUAGAUUUCUCAAGUUUUCUUCUGUAGAGUUGCGAGGUGUCAUAGGGAAUUGUAGUUUUUUGUUAUAAUUGUAUAAAAUUGAUUUAUGGUCUCUUCUAGUUAA